UGCAUGUUGAGAUCCACAAAGUGAAAAGACUCCUGGUCUUUGACAAUUACCAAAAGUGUCCAGUGUCUUUAAUAAAAACUUGCUGACUAGCCGCUGCAAAACUUUUGAAAGAAUCCCAAAUUGGAGCGCCCAUGUUCAGUGUUACUGGGUCUAUUCGUUCUUUUUCUUCAUUGGGUUUGGCUGAAUGGACAUUAAUUACACUUAAAUGUGCAUAAAUGACUCACUAGAUUUGUGCCAUUGUUUUUGCUAACAAGCCUUAUAUUUUGUUUAAUUUUAAAGCAAAUACACCUCCUAAAACCUAAAGUGUCAUUGAAUUUAUUCCAUUCUAUUUCAAGCAGAAAAUGCAGAUUAAAAAAGAAGAAGAUGGUUUUACUAAGUAUAAUUUUCUACUAUCAAAACAUUUGAAAAUAUUAUUGCGUUGUCCACUUUUAGUCCUCCAUAUUAUGGAGCCUCACGCAGCAUGUUGGUUGGGAAUGUAUUGGCCGAUGAGGGCGCUAUAUAACUUGGUGAAAGUGGUCCUUGUGGUUCAGGAAACGUAGUUAUGUAACAAUGAUGUUAUAAACUACAAACAACACAAUAUAAGGGGGUGUUCUGAUCCAACACAAAAUAAUUGACCCCAACAACAAAAGUCUCUUUUAAAACUGACAUUCUGGGUUUUUUUCCACGUGUGUACUUAGGAAAGCAGGAAUUUUGGGCACAAAAGGCGAGCUAUUCGAGUCGGCCAAUGCAGAUGUUCUGUUUUAUGUCAGCAUUCCAACAAGGAAUGCAUUUUUGGGGUGCCAAGUUGGUGUUGUCAUCUCCAUUUAAAGACGGUCAAUUGCAAGCUGAGAGUCUGACUAUUCCAGUAUGACUGUUAGUGUCAAACGUCUACGUCUCUAUCUGUCUGUUUGUUUGGGUAUGUGUCUCUGGAUUUCUCUUCUACUGCCUCUUUAUGUGCGAUAUGACUUUACAGAGCCCAGUGCAGUGCCUAGUGCAGAGGAACACACGACCCGUUCCUCAAGGGUUCAUGUUAAGAAAGUGCAAUUUGAUGCAGACAUACUCCCUCAAUGUGAGAAUCCACCAACCAAAGUCAACACAACUUUCUUCAAGUACAUGAGAAGAUUUACCGGGCGCAAAAUGAUGUUAUACACAGCCAUCUACCCUUCUGAUGGAACUAAGUUACGAGGCCGGCGGAGGGGUACAGAAGCAAAUGAAAUCAUCCCAUCUAAAGUUGUAUCCAACUUGAAAAGCAUGUAUCAAUCCGCACUUAAACACAGGAAUACUGACAUCGAUGUAUGUCAUGUGGAGAGAACAACAUUGUUUUCAAGCUUGGUCAUUUAUUUUAUAGAUAAGAGGUCUUCAGAUAACGCGAGUGAACCGCAGAUAAAGCAUUUCGUUUCAAUUCAACAUAGCGCCCUCUGUUGUCUUCCAGCCUACAGAGUCGAUCUAAGACGCACGGUGGUUGUCGUGGCAACAUCUAUGAAUCUCGGUCCAGCUUGGAUACGCCAUUUUAUCAAUGAAUUCUCAGAGAUCAUUGAGCAGACAAACGAGCAAAACUUCCGGAUUAUUUUGAGCGACUUUACGAGUGGGCCGAAUGAUAUACAACGACUAUUUGAUGAAUCUUUACUGAAAGAGAGGGCAAAGGUCAUCAAUAUGAAUAUGCAUUACAACAAACCAAUUGGAGUUGAAAGGGCUGUAGAACUUGUGCAGAAUCCAGAUGACAUUAUCUUCUUGUGUGAUUUUCACAUCGAGAUCCCUCUUGGUUUCAUCAACAUGAUUCGCAAGCACGUGAUCGCAGGUCACAUGGUGUUUGCUCCAGUAGUUGCCAAACUAAAUGAAGGAACUUCAAUUCAAGACAAAGAAGGUAAGGAAACAUCUUCUCUUUACGUCAUGUUAUAUUCAAUAGCUUAACCGAUAUUAAAGUGACAAAAUUUAUCGCGUCAUCUCAUGAAUAAUUCAACAGCGUUUGGUUGAUUUACCAAUAAUUAAGUAGAAAUCUUUUAUUCACGUCAUCUUAUGAAUACUGAACGCAUUUGUUUCCCACAUUAAGGUUUCUGGGAUUAUAAUGGUUUCGGUAUGCUGGGAAUCUCAAGAGCAGACUGGGAUGUGAUUGAUGGAAUGAAUACACGUGAUUUCAGUGACCAAUGGGGAGGAGAGGAUUGGGAUAUGAUUGACAGGUAAAGUGAAAAAUCGGGAUUUUCUUUUUGAGUAAAAACGACAUUUUGAUUCCAAUCCAUUUAGUUCAUGAGUUGCUUUCACUUUCGGUAAGUAACAAUUAACAUACGUCAGCAUGAUCACAAUUGAAUUGAUCACAUUUUUGUAACAAACGAAUUUAGAGUGCGAUGAUUAUUCAAUUAUUUAGAAUUAGAGUUUUAUACUAUUUUUUUUUUACUGAGAUGUGGACAAACAGUCCAAAAUCUAAAGGCAAUUGUAGAAAAUGUUCGUUACUUAAACUGGUCUACAUCCGAAAUGCAAAAGUGAAUGGUGCAGACAUAUCUACAUGUGAGUUAUUUUGUAAAAUCAGCCUAUUUAAAUCCAACAUGUUUUCCCCUUUAUUUUUCCCUCCUAGGAUUAUCAAAAUGGGGAUCCAUGUAAACCGUCUGCGAGUUCCAGGUCUCUUUCAUCAUUACCACAAUAAGAUGGAGAUGUGGCCUGGUGGUCGCGCUGAAUUGGCUGAGUUUUAAUCUCAAUGUCUCGCAAUUCUUUCAUUCUAACUCUAGUUAAUUAGUAAGAGGCAAGGCAGUAUGGCCCAAAUUCACAAAACGCCACAGUGUAAUAAGGAGCGGUAUACAUGGAAUUAACAAGAAGAAAACAUAAAACUAAUGACAAAUUCCUCGAGUAAAAUAACUGCCCCAAAUAAUAGCUGUUUUGAAAAUUACCCCAAUUAUUACAGAUGUUUUCUAAAUUGUUGUUGCAGAUGUCGAAUUGACUCCAAUAUAUCAAAAUUGAUCUGAUAUUUUUCUGAUCGCGGUUUCUUAUUUUCAUAUAAACUAAAUCUAUAUAGUGUAAACUGAGUGUUAGCUGAGAUUCAUAAAUUAAGUUGAAACACAUAGAAGAAAGCAGCAAGGUAUAAACACACGUUAACUUAAUUGUUGGUGUUAUUAAAGUGUUGACUAUCCUAAGGUUAGCACUAUACAUAGGCACGGAAGCGCUUUAAGUAUUAUUGUAUAUAUAAUUUAGACAUUAAAAA